GUGACAGCUCCAUAAGCUCCAACAUAAAUGGGUUACAGUUCGGAACAAACAAUGAGAUAAGAUUGUGAUUUGGGAUUUCACUUUAAAGUUUGUUGUAGGGAAACUUUGGAGGAUACUAUACGAGUUGGAGCUGAGAUGAAACCCUGAGGACUAAUCCAUAGAAAGAGUGUCGGUACACUGAGCCAAAGAAGAUGGACGACCUAAAAGAAAGAGCAAUUAAAAGAGAAGAGAGACACACAGGUACAUGGGAUCCAUUUCAGUUGAAUCCUGCAGGAGCAGAGAAAGAAACUAAGCGCAGAUGUUUCCAACUCGCCCAGUACCUGGUAGCUGCUAUUGUGGGGAUUGCAGUCCUGACAACUGCUGUCAUAGCAAAGGGCUCUCUGCUGGUAUUAUCGACGAUGUCCAGUGAAACGUCCAUGCGCACGUCAAAGGAAAAACAGUUCUACAUGCUGAUGCUGGUGUUCUGUCUGGUGUGCCCAAAUGUCCUGGUGUUUAUUAAAUCACUAUGGAGAUGUGCCUUCAAGAACUUUGUACAACCCAACAUGAGGACCUUGGCAUUUAUUUGUGCCAUUGAGUGUCUGGUGUCUCUCGGUACCUCAGUCCUGGUCCUAGUUGUAAUGCCUCAGUUUGAUGUGCUGACAAAUCUCUUCAUCAGUGGAGGAGUCUGCAUUGUGUCUGCAAUCCUACAGAUAGUAUACAGGCUACAGCGGGAAUCAUGGAAACUUUUGUUCCCAGUUUGCUCCAUUCUUCUCACCAGUGCCGGGUACUGCCUUCUGGGACUUGACUACUAUGUCCGUGUGUCAUUAUACGUGGACAGAGAGAGCUCCGACUGCUUUAUUUAUAUUGGAAUUGGAAUCAUUGCUUCACUCCUCAUCUCCCUCUGCUGGUGGGAAAAUCCACUACAAGCUGCAAACCGUAUGCAGGCGCAGCUGUCGGAGCUGGAUGGUUUCAGGGAUUUUGCCUUUGUAAUAAGCAGUGUUCUGAGGAUAAUAGUGACAGGUGUAGUGUACUUGUCCUACUAUGUCCUUACUGUGAACUCUAUCAUCUGGUCAGACUUUAAUCUGAGGACAAAUGACUGGGAGUUACUAAAAACAGGAUUGGGACUAUUUUUCUUACAGGCUUUUUGCUCAGCGGCCUGCCACUGGUUUGGAGUGGUUGCCUGCAAGAUCCAUGCAGUCAGGAUGAGUUUUGCACUGCCAGUGUGUUGUACAGGUCCUGCAAUGUUAGUGCUGGGAAUAGUACUUUUCUUAACAGAGGCAGACAAACUGGGUGGAGCACAGCAAGGGAACUUCACAGAGUUUUGUGAGGGUUUGGCCUUCCUGAGUACUAAGAACACCACACCUGUUGUCAUGCUUGAAAUCACCCGCAGCAUCUGUCGGACGUCCCUCAACAGCUACUACAUGACCUGGCCUUUUUCCAUGCUGGCGCUGGAAGGAGUGUGCAUCUGGUCAGGCUUUGUCACAUGCACUUACUACGUAUGGAAGAUCAAGGUCCAGCGUAUAGAACGAACCUCUCAGCUUUUUGUUCGUCGUCUUUAUGAAUCAGCUUUUAUUGACCUGUCCCUGCUGCUCAACACCAAGAUGAAAGCACUACGAGCACAAACACAAACACAAACGAGCGCUGAUGACAUCAAGAAGUGUGUGAUCUAUCUGUGUGCCACCAUGUGGCAUGAGACCUAUGAUGAAAUGCUGAAAAUUCUGACUUCCAUGUUCAGGUUGGACCGCUAUCGAGGUGAUCCUAUGGAGGAACAUAAAGACGGUUUUGAGUUUGAAUGCCAUAUUUAUGUGGAUGAUGCCUUUAUGACUGAAAAGGAAACAGAAAAGAGGCUGGUUAAUUCUUACGUUAAUGACUUAAUACAUGUUGUACUCGAGGUUUACAGGGUCUUCACCCACAAAGAACCAGAUGAUGUUACAAUCAUUGAAACUCCCUAUGGAGGCAGGCUAGUGUUUGUGAUGCCAGAAGGCAACAUGCUCUACGUUCACAUGAAGGACAAAGCUCGAAUCAGGAAUAAGAAGAGAUGGUCUCAGAUUAUGUACCUGUAUUAUCUUCUUGGCUGGAAGGGCUACAUUGUCAAGAACCCUCACAAAAUGACACGCCAGAACAACAUAUGCAGAGCCAGUUUGGUUUCUAUAGAUGGACAGGCUUUUCUGAUGCCCCAGUUUGACAAUGACACCAAGAGGAAAUUCAUCUCAGAUGAAAACACUUACAUCCUGGCAUUGGACGGAGAUACUGACUUCCAUCCUAAAGCUGUAAUAUUGCUUGUUGACAGGUUGAGAAUGUAUGACAAUGUUGGUGCAGCCUGUGGUAGAAUCCAUCCUACUGGUAUGGGUCCUAUGGUGUGGUACCAGAAGUUUGAGUACGCAGUUGGCCACUGGCUACAGAAGACAGCAGAGCAUGUAUUUGGCUCUGUACUUUGCAGUCCGGGUUGUUUCAGUCUGUUUCGAGGAUCAGCUUUAAUGGAUGACAACGUACUAAAGAGAUACACAACAACUGCAACAAGAGCUGUUGAAUAUGUGCAAUAUGAUCAAGGAGAGGAUCGCUGGCUGUGCACUUUGUUGUUGCAACAAGGGUGGCGUGUUGAAUAUAAUGCUGCAUCAGAUGCAUAUACCAACUCACCACAAGAGUUCAAGGAGUUUUACAACCAAAGAAGACGAUGGGGACCGUCUACACUGGCUAACACUCUGGAUCUUCUACACAGUGGUCCAGAGACAGUGAAGAGGAACUCAUCCAUCUCCAGGCUCUACAUCUUUUACCAGAUGCUCACUGUUGGUUCUUCCAUUCUUGGACCAGCCUCUGUGACUCUUAUGAUAGCAAGUGCAUUCCAAUUUGUGUUUAAACUUGCUGGUACGCUUUCCAUCAUCAUCGCCUGUGUUCCUCCAGCGUUCUACAUCAUCAUCUGUUUUAUAUCCAAAGCGAACACCCAGAUAGCCAUUGCUGCCAUUAUGAGUAUUCUAUAUGCAUUCCUCAUGACUGCAUCCUUCUUCGCUAUCAUUGGUGAGAUGGUGAUUCAGGAAACCUUUGUGACACCCACCGGUAUAUUUUUGAUUUCUAUGGCAGUAAUGUACACCGUGACAGCCAUUCUACACCCAGAGGAGUUUGGAAUGAUCGUCUAUGGUCUGAUGUAUUUCAUCUGCAUCCCAAGUGGAUAUCUCCUGCUGACCAUUUACUCACUUGUUAACAUGCAUAUUGUGUCCUGGGGCACAAGAGAAUCCAACAAAGGAGGAGAAGAGGUGAAAAAAAAUCACAAUAUUCUGUGUGACAGAAGCUGUAAAUUCUGCUGUUGGGAUAUGAAGCUACAGGUAACACAGGAAACAGAGAAUCUAAUGAUACAACAGAUCACCAACCAGAUUGCGCCACAGGGCCCUCAAGAAGUGCUUCUGCCCCUGACAGCAAAGGCAGAACCUCAAUUCAGAUUGGACAACACCAAAGAAGAAACUGUGGGACACGCCAAGAAUCCACCAACAAACAAACAGAGACAGAACCUAUUAGGCAAUAAUGAUGUAGCCUUCACUGACAGUGAUGACAGUGUUGAAAAAAGGAGCAUGUCACGGAGCUCAUAUGAUGAAGACAGUGAUAAUGACGACUUCAUGCGUGAUGACAUGGAGGUGCUUCCACCCAGCGACUGGGUAGAGCCAGUGAAAGAAGAGUUUUUAAAGAAGCUGACUCCUGCUAACCUGAAGAGAAACUUGCAGGAACAAAUACGAUACAUGUUUCGUAACAAAAAGGAUGACGAAGAUGUGUGCGAUGAACUGGUUUUGAUGUUAACAGACACAGUUAAUGGAGAGUUAAGUGCAAUCGGCCCAGAGGACAUUCUAACAAACAGCCAGCUGGCAGAAUUACAGCAUGCUCUUACAGAACAGGCUCGGCGUAUCCUUAAGACUAAUCGAAAGGAGACAUUAGAGAGGAGAGUCAUGAGAGCCAUUGAUAAAACAGUCACCGCCCCACAAGUGCAACGCCUUGAAACUGCUGAGAAUGAUUUCUGGGUAAAGCUAAUAGAGCGAUACUUGACACCGAUUAAGGACACCAAAGCACAUCAGGAAGAAGUUACCACAGAACUAAAGUCGCUGCGCAACAAGGGAGUGUUCUUGUAUUUUAUGGUCAACUUGCUGUGGGUGGUAGCCACCUUCGUCCUGCAGCUAAUCGGAAAUGACGUCAUCAGCAUUAGGAUCCCUAAAACCUUCUUAAAUGGAACAGCGACUGGAGAAUAUCUGAAGGUGGAGCCUGUCAGUUUGAUGUUUCUGCUGUCUUUUGCCAUUCUUCUCUUCAUCCAGUUCCUGGCCAUGUUGUAUCACAGGGUUUACACUCUGAUUCAUGUGGUGUCCUAUCGCAGCACAGAAAAAGACUACAAACCAAGAGAUGAUGAUGAUGAUGAAGACGAUGGAUCGAUUCAUGAGAACAAAUAUGCCAGUGGACUGGAAAUCACUAGUGAUGACCUUUAGUCACCAAGAACUAUGUAGCUCCAUGCAUCAACAACCAACCAGCAUUGACUGCAGCAUCAUUAAAUAGUAGCUUACUUUAAAUUGUUACUACCGGGAUAGGCUCCAGCCCCCUCAUGACCCUUAACAGGCAUAACCAAAGAAAAUGGACAAACUAUUAUUAUUAUUAUUUGGUUGGUUGGGGGGGGGGGUCCUUCAGCUGUAUGAGUAGCUGGAAUUUUUCUCCGAUAUUGUAACUACAAUGUCCUUUAAUCAAUCAUUUUUAUUAAUCUUAAAUUCCUUUAAAUCAAAGCACGACUGCAACAAAGAUGUGCAAAAAUAGUCUACAAACAUUGGUAUGAUCGUGUACUCCAUGACAUGCUGAUUUACAAGAUGUACCAUAAAAACCACAAGUUCUGUUGAUUUGGCACAUUGUACACCAGAUGCAACUCUGCGUUACAUGGAGAAUGGCGAAGAGUGGUCUUGAACAGAGAACCUUCUGCUCUGGAAACAAGUGCAUUAACCACUUACCACCACACUGCCCAGUACAAAUCAUACAACACACAGAUGAUUUUGGAAAACAGCAAUUAAACGUUUGCAUAAAACUUACAUGUAUCACAAUCAAUAUGAAUGGCCAGCUUACUCUCAAAGUAGAUGACUCAAAUUAUGCUGUAACAUUCACUUGUAUGAGAAAGUAUUUUUAAAUACAAAAUACGCGUAUACUAUUUUCAACACAUCCAUCAAGUAUAAAAUGCAAUGUUGGACUUCAAAUACUUGUUUAAAAUAUAAGAAAUAAAUAUGAGUAAUAAAAUUUGUCCUUCUUUCGCUUUAACAUUUCGAUCACUGUGUGUUGUCAAUCUUGUGUUGUGCUUUUUAUUUUUUGUAUGGCCAAACCUGAUGGUCACCCCACCGAGUCUGAUCUUUUCAGGUUUUUUCCUAUUAACCCCCAAAUUUCAAGCAUAAAGUCAGAACCUGUCGACGGUUUGUAUAUUGAUAUUCCUGUAGACUGCC